CAGGAAUUCGACAGGAGAUGUCAGAACCAGGCAGCUAUAAAGUGUGGGACUGGCCCAAGCUUGAUUGGCGCAGGUAUAGCUACCUAGCUCCUUGAUGCCAUAUUCUUUCGCUGUUAUAGUAGGAAAUCGUCACAGGCGAUCCGAUCAUCCCAAAUCCAGCAUGCAUUUGUGUGAGGCAUUUGUUGGCUUUUGCUAGCCACUCCCUCCCCCCAGAUCUACGCAAGGAGACAAGAGCUUUUUUUCCGUCGAGCUAUUUAAUUCCCCGUGCUUUUUGGGAAAGGACAAACAACUUUGUCACCUCUUUUGGGCUCCGCCAUAUCGUUUGCCUUUCCCUUGGUCGACACAUUCCGGGUAGUCUUCAUCGGCUUAUAGCGCAUUCCCAAACCGCAUGCCUCUCGCUCACGAGCCGUCCAAGUCACCCCUGCGACGCUAUCACCACUAUAUCUAUAUCAUUUUCUGGGCGCUGGUGUCGUCGCUGGUUCUCUACCUGGCUGGAGGGCUGUCGUACCUCGAUGCCUUGCUUCUCGCCUCCGGUGCAGCCACCCAGACGGGGCUGAACUCUAUCGACCUCAACCGACUGCAUGUGGUCCAGCAGGUCACCCUCUGGGGGGUGUCGAUGGUGACCAAUGUUAUCUUCAUCAACUCGCUGCUCGUCGUGAUCCGGCUCUAUUGGUUCCGCAAGCGGUUCCGCGGCGUCAUCCAUGAGGCCAAAGUAUUAUGCCGCACGCAGCGUAACAAAUGGAAUCAAGCUCUGCAGGGAGGAGGGAUCGAGAACCGACUUCCCCCUCCCCCACCACCACUUCCUCCUCGAGGGAUCUCGGUCGAGAGACCCGCUGAGGAGCAACCUCUGUUAGAGGUUGUCGAUGGCGAGGAUCGAACCUCCGACUUAAUUGGUCCUCCAGGUCGGACGUAUGGCGCUGCGGCGGCGGCAGCAGCGGGAUCAACCAGUCCGCAUAUCACCUUUUGCGACUCGGAGGCCGAAUAUGAGAUCAAACACCACCACCGCCGGUCGAUGUCCGGGACGCGCUCGCGGCGCUCGCUGUCGGAGUAUGACUCGCCCGUGCUCCAGCGGUCGUGCCAUGAUCUCGACGCCCUGCCGGCGCUGAUGUGGCAGUCGUCGAUCGCCAGCUACGCGGACUGGGACGAGGCGCAGAAGGAGGAGCUGGGCGGGAUCGAGUACCGGGCGCUGAAGACACUGUUCGUCAUCCUCGUCGGCUACUUCGUGGUGUUCCAUGUGCUGGGGAUCGUGCUGUUCCUGGGGUGGGUGCUGCCGAACCGCCAGUACAGCCAGGUGCUGGCCGACGCGGGCAUCAGUCGGCCGUGGUGGGCGAUCUUCACGGCCGGGUCGGCCUUCAACGACCUGGGGUUCACUCUCACGCCGGACUCGAUGGACGCGUUCCAGACCGCGGCGUUCCCCCUGCUCGUGAUGACCUUCCUUGUGGUCAUCGGCAACACGGGCUUCCCGUGCAUGCUCCGCUUCAUCAUCUGGACGCUCUCGCAGUUCACCACGUCCGGGUCCCCGCUGGACGACGAGCUGGAGUACCUGCUGGAGCACCCGCGGCGGUGCUUCACGCUGCUGUUCCCCAGCGCGGAGACGUGGCGCCUGUCAGCCGUGCUCCUGCUGCUCAACGCGAUCGACCUGCUCAUCUUCUACACCCUCCAAGAGACCCCACAAAACCCCACCAUCACCCCGGGCCUACGCCUCGUCAACGGCCUCUUCCAAAUCGCCUCCACCCGCACCGCGGGCUUCAGCAUCACUCCGCUAACCACCCUGCACCCGGCCACCCAAGUUUCUUUCCUGGUGAUGAUGUAUAUCUCGGCCUUCCCCAACGCAAUUGCGAUCCGCAAGACCAACGUCUACGAAGAACGCAGCCUCGGCAUUUUUUAUAAUGACGACUCUCUAUCCUCGUCCUCCGACGCCCCGCCCACCCACCCCUCCACCGACUCGCUGGCCGCCCACAUCCAGCGCCAGCUGGGCUUCGACCUCUGGUACGUGAUGCUGGGCUUCUUCCUGAUCGCCGUCGCCGAGGGCCCGCGGCUGCAGGCUGGGGGUGACGACCGCGCGUUCGCGCUGUUCCCGAUCCUGUUCGAGAUCGUGUCCGCGUACGGCACGGUGGGUCUGUCGCUGGGCUACCCGGGCACCGAGACGAGUUUGUGCGGGGAGUUCUCGGGCCCUGCGAAGGCGAUCGUCAUCGCGAUGCAGGUGCGUGGCCGGCAUCGUGGGCUGCCGCAUGCGUUGGACCAUGCGAUUUUGUUGCCGUGUGAGGUUGGGGACACAGAAGAGGAGGGGUUGUCGGAGCCGUUGGGGUGGUGGAUGCGGUGGAUGCGGAAGAAGGGGUCGGAUUGGGGGAGUUUGUUUGGUGGCGGGGAUUAA